UAACAACAUCAAACAAGAUUUGGUUACACAUAUUGAAAACAAAUUGCUUUACAAUGCGGGGAUUGUUCGUGUUAACCGUAACAGCAUGGAUAUCCACGGUGACAUCGCAGACGUUCGACCCAGGUUGUAGCUUCUUCAACGGACAGUGCGUGUACAACGUUAAACUCGGACAUUCCGGUCAAUGCGACUCAGUAUCAUCGAGGGCGACCACGGAUACAAGUACAACAGGCAGUGGUAGUGGUUCCACAACGGGAUUUCAGAGUUGCUCCUGCAAGGACAUUGACGCUCUCAACAAUGACAUUGCCACCUUGAACACCAACAUGAACACGCUACAGUCCAACUUCAACAAGCUAGCACAGUCAUUGAAUACCACCCAACAACAGCUAUCUGGCAAGGAAGCACAGAACUCAUUACUGAUGAUGGAGAAACAGAACCUUACGGCUGAUCUUACUCAGCAUCAGCUGCUGUUGACCAAGAGCCAGGUUGAGUUGGCGAAUAUGGUUUCCUCCAUGACGAUAGAGACGGACAGACUAAGGACUGAAUUGCUGUCCACUAGCGAUAAACUGACCACUUGUCAGACGCAACUUAACCUCCUAGAUUCACAAAAGACCAACACACCAGUUUUGUAUGGGGGUUAUGUGACGCACUACUGUGGGUUUGAGGACCUACACAACUGUAACUACACAAUGGACACGUGCACAAGCAGUACUGUAGAAUGCUGGCACAGAGGCACGGGAAGGCAGGAUGUGUACUCCGGGCCUGUCGAAGACCAUACAUACGGCUCCCCAAAUGGACACUACAUGUACAUCGACCCGACCCUGAAACCCUACUAUAAGUCCUCAUCCUCAUCACACGUGCCCCAGAGAAAGGCGCGAAUAACUACACCACAACUUCCGGCAGCUAACGAGUAUUGUGUUCGGUUCUGGUACACAAUGAUUGGUGUUGAUAUCGGAACGCUUAAAGUUUAUGCGCAGGUCGGUGGCGGCGACGGAUACCCGGUAUACACGAAGACCGGACAGGAAGACAGAUAUUGGCAUAUGGCCCAAGUUUCCCUGGACUCAGAGUAUACUUCUCAACCUUUUAAGCUCGUGUUUGAGGGGACCACAAGUUCUUACUACACAUAUUCACACAGUUCACACCAAAGCAACCAAGAUACACGUGGCUUCAUCUCCUUUGACGAUGUGUACAUCUACAACACCUCAUGCUCAGCAAUCCCCGACUGUCCAGCGGGAUCCAGAAAGUUGGUUCAAGGGAACAUGACAUCUUGCUAUUCCUUUCACAUCGAGCCUCGCUCCUGGUACGAGGCAGUUGACGCAUGUAAGUCUGAAGCACCCAACGGCCACCUCGUCAGCAUCAACUCAAAACUGGAGCAGCAGUUCCUCGUAGAUGUUAUGCAGACAAAUGCCGCGUACACAACCGCUGGCCAACAUGGAUGGUACACCAGUGGGAAUGACGAGCGGACGGAGGGCGGCUUCAAGUGGACAGAUACAGGCUACCCCUACAGUCUCAACUACACAAACUGGCAUGCCGGGCAGCCGAACAACGUUGGUGACGCCCAGGACUGCCUGCUUCUACAGUAUCCGAGUAGCGAUUACGAAUGGGGAGAUAUCAGUUGUGCAGAUAAGCAUCCUUUUAUUUGUGAAAUCCAAAUGUAA